GCUGCCAUCGGAGCGAUCCUGGGCGUCCUCGAUCUCGGCCAUCGGCUCUGCAACCGGACUCCUCCUCUGCAAUGCUGCUGGACCGCCCUUGGUGGCCAACUUCGGCUGGAAAGCCGUGCUUUAUCUCACCGGCGCUUGCUGCUUCGGAUUCUCAGCCGCUUGGGCCCUCUUGGCCGCCUCGUCGCCAAAAAACUGCGGCCGCGCCUCUUCGGCCGAGCUCGCAAUGCUGAAAAAAGCCGGAGUCUUGGACACCGGCCGGGAACAGCCAAAGUCAGCCUCCCCGCUGUUUCCACCUUUCGCAUUUUUCACGCAGCCCUGCGUCGCUGUGCUUUUCCUCGCACACUUUGCACA